UUCUGGGCGGAGGGAAGAUGGUGGUGGGUCGUUGGAAGCGGCUCGGCUUUCAGUUACUGCUCGCCGGCUACUUCUUGCGCUGGUGCGCGGCGGCAGCUGAGAAGGUGGCGUUGGUGGACGUUUUGCUGAUGGAUUCUCAGAGAGGCUGGUCCGCAGAGUUCGGCUUCAAAUCGGGCAGCAACUACCGUCUGCAGGGCACCGUGUUAGCGCUUGGCAGCGGGUCUGACAGCCCCGGCCAAGGUAACGGGGGACUGGGCGCCUUUCCCAAACAUAACCAGGACAGCUUAGAAGGCAGCUUAAUAUUAGUUAAAGAUGAACCAUUGGACAUCCAGCCGAACAAAGGAGAGAAAUGGAUUGGAGUUGUUUCUGUUGAUGAAGACCAGGUUGAAAAAAAAGGAAGCAGCAAGCAGGAAUCAUUUGCUGCCGCAGUUAUUAGUAAGAUGAAAAGAGCCCUUGUUUUGGGAGCAUCAGCCCUGUUUAUUUUGGUUUUAAAUCAAAAUACCUUCACUGAGAUGGAUGUCUCUCAAGUGCUUUCUAAACCCGUGGUUGUAAUGCAAAGCUCUGAAAAUGUAACCAAACUUCUGGGAGCCUUAUUAAGUGGUCUUCGUGCAUCUGCCAAAAUAACUUUUAAAAGCAUAAUUCAGAAUGAUCUGGGAGCAACAUUAACACUGUGGUCAACCUGUGGGCGUUCACGAGGUGGACUGUAUGGGGAAUGGCAAGGAGUGAUUUGUACAGGAGAGAACAGCUCUCAGGUUCAGAAAUACCUGCAUCAGCUGUGGAACACUGUCCUAUUGGUGGGUUUAAUCUUGUGUACUGGAGUCAUUGUACAAGCCCAGUGGCAAUAUAGACACUAUGAAUCAAGCACUGAAGACUUGGAGAUGAGCUUGAAGCAACAAAUAUUAAAGCAGCUAUCAGCAUUGAAAACAAGGAAAUAUUUUCCAAACAAAAGACAGAAAACACAGUCACACGAAUGUGAGAAUUGUGCAGUGUGCUUGGAAGAAUUCCAUAAAAAUCAGUGUUUACGAGUACUACCUUGUCUACAUGAGUUUCACAGGGACUGUGUUGAUCCUUGGCUGCUACUUCAACAGACUUGCCCCCUGUGUAAGCGAAAUGUACUAGGUGAUCCAUGUGGGAACAGCUGACUUUAUUCUUCAUUGAAGAGAAGGAAAAGCAGGAAACUACCUUGACUCCAUUUACAUAAACGAUUUGAGACUUUUUAUAUUGCACUUUAUUUGUGUUAUUCUGCACAGCCAAUUAAAUUUGUGGGAAUCAAGUGGACAUGAAGUUAAAAUUCAGAGCGAGAUAUUUCUUGGUUUGUUGACUUGCACAAACAUGAUGUGAAGUAUACCAGCCAUAAUAAAUCUGUGAUGCAAAGGUGACCUGUUUUGGGGUUAUUCAGGAAAAAGGAGUUAGUGUACUUUUGUGGUUAAAUUUUUAGAGGACUGUACAUAUUCAGUGGCCUGCGAUAUAUCCAUGCUAAAAGUAGUGAUGCUCAUUCUGCCCUUUUAUUUUGUAUAUUUAUUCUUUAUAGCUAUUUUCAUAUUGCAAAAAUGCACUGCUGAGAUUUACUUGUGUGUAUUAAUAAAUCGCCAGUGGGUAAUGUUAGAGAAGAACAUAUCCAUCUAACUGUGUCCUUACAGACAGAUGAUGGACAAAUUAAAACUUUCCAAAGCUUUUAGUGGUUUGAGAACCAAGUUUGUGGUUUAAUUGUUGGUGUAUCCAAGAGUUAAUUCUAAAUAACUAGUUUAGUAUCCCCUGACAAAAUUGUAUGUUGUUAUUUGCAAUCUUCAAAAGAAAAGAGUCAAAUUACUGAGAAGCUUGUGGUUUACCAUCCAAGCCUGUAAAGUUUACCAUCCAAUCAAAAAAAAAUCUUAUUAACUUCCUCAUUGGAAUGAAUGGUAGCUUACUGCUGUAAAAUGAUCAGGUAUUGUAGAAAUACAAUUAGAGUAAGCUGUAUGGCCAUCAUUACCUGCAUUCAAAAAAAUACAGGUUCACCUGCAGAAGUUGCUCUGAGGUUUCUCUAGCAGCUGAUAAAAUGGAUAUGGAGUUUGUGGAGUAUUCCAAAUCUGCCCAACUAUUUCCCAGAAAGGGUUAAAAAUAUCCUGUAAUAAUGGAAAGCAUGCAUUUAGACUAGAAAAUACACAUUCCCAAAUUUUGCAAUGUAACAUGCUCUUAUAUUGUGAGCAGAGGCUUGAACAAGUUGAUGAUUGUGAUAACAAAAUGUUACAUUUUCUUUCUUGUUACCUGCAAAGUACCUGAACUCAAACAUUCAGUGCCUCUCAAUAUGUAUAUUCUUCACUUCCUCAUUUUGUGUAAUGUACUGCUUCUGAUUCUCCAGAUUUUCGGUACACUUACAUUUUGUGGUAAUCUACCCUUGUGUACACUAAAUGCAGUUAGGAGAUCAGAGAAUAGUGAUCAGUGAGGAGAUCAGAAAAUCAAUUUUAGUGGAAUAGAGGAGAUUUCAGAGUUGCAGAUUCAAAUAUUUAAAAUGCCAAAUGGCAUGGAUAAUGUAGCAAAGGAUAAGAAUGCAGAUUCAAUAUGUAAAUUGAGACCACAAAAGGGAUUAUUGAUUGUUGAUUUCAUUUAAAAAUCCCAUAAACUAUCUGUAAGUGAGUUAAAAGGAUGAUAAAUGAAAACUAUUAUUUCUCACUCAUUAAAUGGAACUAUUCUCUGCUACUACACUAUUCUAUUUAUAGUCUUCCUUUUCAAAUAUUUACCCAGUUCAUAAUGAAGUGAAGUGACCAGAUUGCACACAACUUGAGUUCAUCACCUGCAGGGAGUUCCCAACAUUUUCGUGAUGUCACUGCCAAGGCUGUACCACUAGGCAGAAAAGUCUGUGAAUGGGUAUGUGACAGCCAAACCUGGGGCCCUUUCCCUGCAUCACCCUGAAAGUCUUCUGACAGCUUGUGCUGUCAAAAGGUCUUAUCCACUCUUUCUGAUCAACAGAGACAUUUAUUGAAAUGCACUUAAAUAAAAAUUAAGAUCUGAAUAAAUUGCAAUAUAAAAAUUCAUCUAAAAAUGCAUUUAAUGAACUGCACGCAGUAGCACAGCAGUUAGUGCUGUUGCCUCAUGGCUCCAGAGACCUGGGUUUCGCCUGACCUUGGGGUUCCAUCGCUGGAAUUUGCAUGUUCUCCUGUGGGUUUUCUCCCACAUGGCAAAGACAUGCUAGGUGGUAAAUUAAUUGGCUACUAUAAAUUACCCCUGGUAUGGUGGGUGUCAGGAUUGAUGUAGAUGAGUGUUUGAUGUCAGUGCAAACCUGGUGGGCCAAAGAGCUUGUGUCCAUAUUGUAUGACAUAAAUUUAAAAAAAAGAAAAACCCAAAAUACAUUGUCCUUUUCUAUCCAGGUUGGAGAUCCCAUAUGGUUGAAUGAGGCUGUGCAGAUGUGUCAGCUGUGGGUGGCACGAAGCUGUGGGACCAGAUAAAAAUAUAUUCUACCCCUCAGCUUGCCACUGACACAGUGCUGAGGCCAUAGGUACAGAAGGGAGGUUGGAUUAGCCAGCAGAGCAUUGACCUAUGUACUGCAGUUGGUCAGCAGUUGUCUACAGAAAUGCUGGCUAGCCAUUAGUGCACUCCAGCCCAUUGUACCUGCCAUCAGUAGCUUUUGACUUUAUUUGUACUUUGUGCAUGAAAAUAAACCCAUAGAUUUUGUGAUUUUUUUCUUUCAGGUUUAAGAAAAACCAGAACAAUUGUUUGAUUAUUCACCCUGAAGACAUUUCAUAAUUUUACAAACCUCCAUCAGAUCCUCACGAGCAGGCACUACAUUUUGUACCUUUCUCUGUAUGUAGUUUAUUUGUUAUUGCUCUGCUGACUAUUUGUGUUACUUUCUUCAUGUCUUUGAUGUUCUUCAAUAUUAGAUGUCCAUGCUGUGUGUAAUACUCCCCCACGUAUAAAGCCUAAAAUAAAGUUUCUUCCUUAUCUUUUA